UCGAGACAAUAACAAGACAACAAGUUCGUUGUUUACACUUGAUACAUUGAAUUGUGACAGCCUGAAGAAUCCCAACAAUUGGCAUCAGGUUGCUGAGAAGACAUCAGUCAAGAUGAAGUGUCACUACGAAGUCCUAGGAGUUCAACGUGAUGCAAGCAAUGAUGAUCUAAAAAAAGCAUAUCGAAAAUUGGCAUUAAAAUGGCAUCCUGACAAAAAUCUUGAUAAUCCACAAGAAGCCAAGGAACACUUUCAAAUUGUUCAACAAGCAUGGGAAGUAUUGAGUGAUCCACAUGAACGUACUUGGUACGAUAAUCAUCGUGAGGCAAUACUUAAAGGGGGUAUUGGUGAUGAUUACAAAGAUGACUCCAUUGAUCUUUUCCAGUUCUUUUCAACAGGUUGUUUCAAAGGAUAUAAUGAUGAUGAAAAAGGUUUUUAUACUGUCUACAGAAAUGUAUUUGAUACAUUGGCUGCUGAAGAUGCUGAAUUUAUUAAAGAUGGAGACUCUGAUGAAGAAAUACCAAGUUUUGGUGAUUCAAAAAGUUCAUAUGAAGAUGUUGUUCAUUGUUUUUAUGCAUACUGGCAAAGUUAUUUAACAAAAAGAUCAUUUGCAUGGCUAGAUACAUAUGAUAUUAGAGAUGCACCCAAUAGAAAAGUCGCUAAACUUAUUGAAAAAGAAAAUAAAAAAAUUCAAGACAAGGCAAAAAAAGAACGUAAUGAACAAGUUAGAAAUUUAGUUGCAUUUGUUAGAAAAAGAGACAAACGAGUUCAAGCACAUGCUGAAAAAUUAGCUGAAAAAGCCAAAGAAAAUGCUAAAAAAGUUGAAGAACGUAAACGACAACAGUUACGUGAUAGACAGAAUGAACUUAAAAAUCAUCAAGUUUCAGAAUGGUCAAAAUUUACAAAUAUUGAAAAUGAAUUGAAACACAUUGAGGCUAAUCUUGCUGCGGAAUUUGGUCAUGAAAUAUCAGGUGAUUCUGAUGAUAAUGAAGAUGAUAAUAGUGACGAUUUAAAUGCACUUUAUUGUGUUGCUUGUAAUAAAAUUUUUAAAACUCAAAAAGCAUUUACAAAUCAUGAAAAUUCCAAAAAACACAAAGACAAUAUAGUACUAAUGAAGGCAGAAAUGAUUGAAGAUGAUGAAGAAUUUACAUCAUGUGAUUCAAAUGAUAUGACAGAAGCAUCUGCUGUUAAUUCAUCAGGUGUUAAAUUAGCGACUGGAUCAGAAAUGCCAGACUUUUUAUUGCAUCCAGAACAACAAAAUGACAUGGAAGAUGAUGAUGUAUCUGAUAGUGAACUUAUCUCAGAUAUUGAUGAUGAUAAUAAUUCUAUCAAUAUAAAGCAAAAAACUAAAAUUAAUGAAAACUCAAAAAAAAGAAAAGAAAAUAAUACUGAUGGAUCUGAAUUUAUUUGGCCAGAAGCAUCAGAAGAUUCAUCAAGAGCUGGUAAAGAUGAUAAAGAAUCUACAGAUGAAGAAGAACGUGUGUCUGAUCAAAAAGAUGAUGAAAAUUUACAAGAUGAAGAAGUGAUAUUAGUUAGAAAUUCAAAGAAAAAAAAGAAAAAAGGAAAAGUUAUCAACAAACCAGUAGAAAACUAUUCAAAUGAUGACAGUGACCAUGACACUGAUGAUAAAAAUUUUAGUCUUGAUAUUGGAUUAUCAAAAAAACAACGAAAAAAACGUAACAAUCUUAAAAUAAUAACAGAAGCAAGAAAAAAUGAGCAAAAAAAUGAAACUCCAACUGAAUAUUCUGCCAGCAAUAAUCAAGAUGAAAUUGAUGAAAAUACUUCUGAUAAAAUGUCAAUUGAUAAAAAUGAUACAGCAUCAUCAACACGUGUAACAAAAACAAAGGGUAAAAAAGCAAAAGAAAUGAGAAAAAAUAAAAAAAAAAUCAUUGAAAAUGAAAAUAAAAAUCAUACAGUUGAAAAAGUAAAAAAAUCAGCAUUAAUAGACGAUAAUACAGAUGUUGAUCAUUUUUGUGUAGUAUGUAAAUCAGAAUUUCUUAGUAAAAAUAAAUUAUUUGAUCAUUUAAAAAAAACUGGACACUCAGUGUAUUUACCAGAUACAGUUAAAAGUAAAAAUAAAAAAUCAAAGGCCAACACAAGUUCUGAUAGUGAUGAUUAAUUGUGUUUUUUUUUUU